GGGCUAGGACGCCCCUGCAGUUCGGUCCCAGAGUGGAGGGGACGGUCUGGAAGCCUGUGGAGCCUGGCGAGGACCGCGGGAGGCGUGUUCCUCUGGAGUUUGCUUUUGCUUGGGAGACACGCGCGCACACCCAUUCCUCUGGCCUGGCGACCGUGCCGGGGAGGUGGAGAGCCACUCUAGUCCACCGAAUCGUCGCCGGAGGUUGGGAGCGGGGCGAGAUCUCCCUCAAAGGAGUCGGGCCCUGCCGGGAAAGUUUCCCCAAGUCGACGCAGUGCUGCAGCCCCGGUCACCCGCCAUCCUACGCGCCACCCUUGUUCUCCCACUCCGGAUCCGUCUGGCUCAGGCGCGGACCUGGCGCUGUUUGCGACCGUACAAGAAGAUCCGAGGUGAAAGAAAGGUGUAAAAACAACUUAAGACUUUUCUUCAAAUCCACACUAAGAUGGAUACUUUUUGCCUCACGACAUCCCUUUGGCUCGUCCUGGUGGGAGGAGUAAUCAGUGACACUCCCGAGAGACACAGCACGAAUCUAAGCAGUCAAGCGGGGGACUUCACCCCUUUUCCGGGGACAGAGCUCAGCUUUCUGGGAACCACUCAUCGACCUACGAAUUUGGCCCUGCCCAGCAAUGGCUCAGUGCGUAGCUAUUGCCCACAUCAGACUAAAAUCACAACAGCUUUCAAAUACAUUAACACUGUGAUAUCCUGCACCAUCUUCAUCGUGGGAAUGGUGGGGAACGCAACCCUGCUUAGGAUCAUUUACCAGAAUAAGUGCAUGAGGAAUGGCCCCAAUGCACUCAUAGCCAGCCUGGCCCUGGGGGACCUGAUCUACGUCGUCAUUGAUCUCCCCAUCAAUGUGUUUAAGCUGUUGGCGGGGCGCUGGCCUUCUGACCACAACGAUUUUGGGGUAUUUCUCUGCAAGCUCUUCCCCUUCCUGCAGAAGUCAUCCGUGGGCAUCACCGUCUUGAAUCUCUGUGCCCUCAGUGUCGACAGGUACAGAGCAGUGGCCUCGUGGAGUCGUGUUCAAGGAAUUGGGAUCCCCUUGAUUACCGCCAUUGAAAUUGUCUCCAUCUGGGUCCUGUCCUUUAUUCUGGCCAUCCCAGAGGCCAUCGGCUUCGUCAUGGUACCGUUCGAAUACCGGGGUGAGCAGUAUCGAACCUGCAUGCUCAACGCCACGACCAAGUUCAUGGAGUUUUACCAAGACGUGAAGGACUGGUGGCUCUUCGGCUUCUACUUCUGCAUGCCGCUGGUGUGCACGGCCAUCUUCUACACCCUCAUGACCUGUGAGAUGCUCAACAGGAGGAAUGGCAGCUUGCGGAUUGCCCUCAGUGAACACCUCAAGCAGCGUCGAGAAGUGGCGAAGACCGUGUUCUGUUUGGUUGUCAUCUUUGCGCUCUGCUGGUUCCCUCUUCACUUAAGCCGCAUUUUGAAGAAGACUGUGUAUGACGAGAUGGAAAAGAACCGAUGUGACCUGCUCAGCUUCUUGUUGCUCAUGGAUUACAUCGGUAUCAACUUGGCAACCAUGAAUUCUUGCAUAAACCCAAUAGCUCUGUAUUUUGUGAGCAAGAAAUUCAAAAAUUGUUUCCAGUCUUGCCUCUGCUGCUGCUGUCACCAGUCCAAAAGCCUCAUGACCUCGGUCCCCAUGAACGGAACAAGCAUCCAGUGGAAGAAUCACGACCAGAACAACCACAACACAGAAAGGAGCAGCCACAAGGACAGCCUGAACUAGAUGAACUAGUCCUCUGCAGAUUCGCCAAUCACUGUGUCUUCAAGUCCUGGCGGGGAAAACAGACACACAGCAGUGGGCCUCCCUAAAGCUCCCAAAUUCUCUCCCUUGGUCCUUCUCUAAUCCAACCCAAGAAAAGAAAAGCACUCCUGCCCUCCCAACAGCAUGUGGUGGAACAGCUUCCAACCACAGUCAAUGGGUCUACCUAAAAAUUUGCAUAUUUUGCAUGUCAUAUCCAACACUUGAAAAUUAUGAGAGCUGAGGGAGAUCGUUCAAGGAACCCAUACAAUAUCUGCAAUCUUUGCAAGAACACAGAGUUUGAAAGUUCAACCAGCAUUCAGGCACUUCUAUGGGGCAGUGAGUAAGAAUGUUCAGCAGAGUACCCUAGAGCAGUGGUUCUCAACCUUCCUAACACUGCAACCCUAUAAGACAGCUCCUCAGAUUGUGGUGACCUCCAACCAUAAAUCAUUUUUCUUUGUAUUUCAUAACUGUAAUUUUCUACUGUUAUGAAUCAUAACGUAAAUAUCUGAUAUUUCUGAUGAUCUUGGGUGACCCCUCUGAAAGAGCCAUUCAACCCCAAAGGGAUCUGACCCACAGGUUGAGAACCACUGAUCUAGCGGUUCUACUGGGUUUAGUGGCACAUGCCUAUAAUCAUGGAACUGAAGAAGCGAGGCAAAAGCAAUCAGGAGUUUGAGGUUAGUCUCAUCCUCGUGGUUCAUAAAAGGCUGGGCCAUAUAAUAUUCUGUGUCAGAAAUACAGAUUUUAAAAAAGUUUAGAGAUGAUGACAAGAUUCUUUUCGUUAGCCAGAAGCACUGUGAGGCUAAAGUACUUUGGAGAUGUCAUUUGGUGUUAGUGUUUUAUAUCUGCUUGGACCCUGGAAAUGAUUGUCCCUCUUAUUUGCAUAUACUCAGAAGAGGAUGCAGAUGAGAGGAUGGCAUCGAUGAGCAAUGGGGCAUGUUUCUGUGUCAUUGUUUAUUUGCAAACGUGACUUCUAAAGCUGCCACAAAUACAGCCAGAGCCUGGCACUGCCGGAGCAGUGUAGGAACUGCUCAACAAAGAAUUUUUAAGGCCCUCUAUUUUCUUUUUUCUUCCUUUUUUUUUUUUUUUUUGGUUUUUUUUCGAGACAGGGUUUCUCUGUAGCUUUGGUGCCC